AUGGCCGACAUCACUGCCGUCGGUGAGGAGAACCCGUCCCCUACUCAGGACGACCUGCAGCAGGCCGCCGGUAACGGCGCCGUCGACAACCGCGGCACCAAGCGUUCUCGCAUGAGCGCCGACGACGAUGAUGAUGACGAUGAUAAGCCCGGUCGCGAGCGCAGAAAGAUUGAGAUCAAGUUCAUCCAGGAUAAGUCGCGUCGCCACAUCACCUUCUCCAAGCGGAAGGCCGGUAUCAUGAAGAAGGCCUACGAACUGUCGGUCCUCACGGGUACUCAAGUACUGUUACUCGUCGUUUCUGAGACCGGUCUCGUUUACACUUUCACUACCCCCAAGCUUCAACCAUUGGUGACCAAGGCUGAGGGCAAGAACCUCAUUCAGGCCUGCCUCAAUGCCCCCGACCCAAGCAGCAGUGAGAACGGCGUCGAUGCCCCCGAGGUACCGGCAGAGACACCCGAGGAUGUUGGUCACAGCAAUGUGAAUGCUCAGCAGUCCAACAUCGCCCGUCCUGCGGGCAUGCACCCGGGCUACAUGACCAACGAGCAACAGCAGCAGAUGGCCUACUAUCAGAACCUCCAGCAACAACAGCAGGCCGGUGGGCAGUACGCCGGCAUGCCUGUAGGCAAUCGGAUGCCCACCCAACAUCAGCCCACCGCAUAG